UGCCGCGGUGCACUCGACCGUUCCUGAGUGUUCUGCUCAAUCAACUUUCGGUCACUUGUACUCGCAUCUAUUUGCAGACGGAUGCGCUCGCUCCAAUCUACUCCCCAACACGCUACCUCGCUCGAAGAAUUUGCAUUCAGCUCCUGUGAGAGCACCAUACCAUCACACGCUCUCGAGUCUCCAGCUCGCGACGUAUGGCGAUCGACGCCUGCAUUCCCCAGCCCGACGCGCGCCGGUACCCUAGCGAGGUCGACUCGCAAUGACGCAGACCGAGCCCACAUCCUCUGGACUCGUGCGGUCAUUAGACGCACCCGUGCUGGACCGUACGCAUCGCAUGUCCACUUUGGAGUGGUAUCGACAGAUAUCUUCAGCAUGUAUCCGUCAGAAUCAUUCCAUCAUAUAUAUCAGGCACUCGUUCUCCUGUGGCACGCCACGUAGACACGAAUGCGCCGGCUCCUUGAAGGUUUCUUCCACUGAAAACUUCCAGUCCCGCCGCCCAUUCGAUCAC